GCCCUCCCUCCCCCCCUUAAACACUAAAACCCCACCCUGGUUUACAGUACCAGUCUCUUCCAUCUCCUACUGUUUGUCCAGCGAGUUAAUAGUUAACUAAAUCCAUAAACAGUGUGUGUCCGCAGUUCCACCUCAUCCCAACUCUCACACUGUCACCUGAACACUGGACGCUGCAUCAGUCAACAACAGCCUCCUUCUUUGCUUGAUUCAUUGGAGAAAAUGACUUGAAUGAGCGAGAAAUAAAGGACUGCUCUCAGCACGGACGUUUCGAAGAACGGUUUGUUCCGCAGGCGAUUUUUAGCAGAUGAACCCACAUUCCGUUGAAAUUUCAUCCACAUGAUGUAAAGGCAUUUUUAAAGGGUUGAAGGCCUUUUUAGAACUGUGUGUGAAUGAUCAGCACUGUUUUCCAAUGAGGCCCGCUGACUGAAGAUUCAGAGUCUAUUUUUUUCCGCUUCAGAUGUGUCUGGUUAAAGUGAGGAUUGGGAAAUAACAGCAGAGGAAAGGUGGAAGUCAUGGCUCCAUUCAAGUGCACAUAAAUGUGGGCUACACAUUUUCUUCCUCCAGCAGGAGUCAAUGAGCUGCACGCUGCAGCAACAGUUGUGUUUUACUUGUAUUGCCGCUGGGAUGGGUAUGCCCACCUUCUUGACUCUUGAAAUAUUUUUAGUUGGGAAUAGUGGGAGGACAUGCGUGCCGAUGCCUGCCAAAAUAGGAGCUGCGAGCUCUGCAUCUUUCUUGCCUGCUAAGAGUGACAGAGGGUGAUCAAGUAUUAAGAGUACGUGAAUGACCUCAAUACUAAGGCACGGAGAAAGGAGGGGACCACUUCCAUACCUUCAAUACCUUUAAUACCUUCAAGUCGACACUGAUCAGAGCUUUGGAUACCUUUUGUUUGGAUUCCAGCAUCUUUUCAUCCAUACAAUGAAUGAUCAGAUGAAAUACAGGAAUAUUUCCAGUAUGUUGGUCCAGCCUCUUCACCCUGCGAUUGAAGCUCUAGACUGCAGACCCUGUCAAGAUUGAUGGUGUUGUUUUGCAGGCGGAGGUAACUGGAGGUUAUGCUCACAUCUGUUCUCUGUAACUCAAUCACUUUGUCAGACAGCAAGACGGACUCAGCAAACACUUCAGCGGUCUGAAAACAUUAAUUUCUCUUUAUUUAUUCAGCCCUGUUUACUUUCUUCUUACUGUAGCGUCUUUCCUUUCGAGCUACGUCUUUGUUUACAUUAGUCUGCUUCAUUCUUUGCUGGUCGUAAACUAGGCAAUUACAAGGCACUCAGACCUCGACAGCACCACACACACACACAAGCUCAGCUCACACACUUACUAGGAGGAGUAAGCUGGAGGAAAAAAGGAAAAAGCUACUGGCAUGAUAAUAAAGGACUUGUUGGCCGGGGUUACUAGAGGGCAACGGCCGUAACUCCUCUCCCUGUGUGUGUGAAAGGAAGAGAGAGAGAGCCAGAAAACGACAGAGCGAGACAAGGAUCAUGUGGCUGGAGUGUGCUGUGUCCACCGCUCAACACUGAACUGGGAGCAGCACCCAAAACAGGGGGCGGAUACUCCAGCUUCCAAACCACUGGACUCACAAGCUGUCUCCACUCUUAUUUUCCAAACCAACUGUAACUGACAACUCUCUCCAACAUCAGAAGAGCCCGCUGGGGCCCCCUUUUAGGAAAAUUUGCCUCCUUUCAGGCGCCAAAAAGGAUCUGGCCCGGUGAAAUAUGGAAUUGUAUGAGGAUUGUACGAUGUCGGACUGGGAGGCCGUGCUGGAGCUGGAUGAGGCACUGGCAGGGUGGCUUCUGCAGGGUCCGGCUAGAGGGGAGUGGGGUUGGGAGUGGGACUGGGCUGCCUCGGACCUUCAGGACCCUGAGUGUGACUCUGAGGAGAUCCCUGCUGUGCUGAGCCCGACAUACAAGCAGCGCAAUGAGGACUUUAGGAAACUCUUCAAGCAGCUCCCAGACACAGAGAGACUCAUUGUGGACUACUCCUGUGCUCUUCAACGGGACAUCCUCCUGCAGGGACGACUCUACCUCUCUGAGAACUGGAUCUGUUUCUAUAGCAACAUCUUUCGCUGGGAAACACUGCUGACAGUGCGGCUAAAGGACAUCUGCUCGAUGACUAAAGAGAAGACUGCCCGCCUCAUUCCCAAUGCUAUCCAGGUCUGCACAGACACUGAGAAGCACUUUUUCACCUCAUUUGGAGCCAGGGACCGAACUUACAUGAUGAUGUUCAGACUGUGGCAGAAUGCGCUGCUGGACAAGCCCUUGUGCCCCAAAGAACUAUGGCACUUUGUUCAUCAGUGCUAUGGCAACGAGCUCGGCCUAACCAGUGACGACGAGGACUACGUUCCCCCCGAUGACGACUUCAACACGAUGGGGUUCAGUGAAGAGAUUCCCAAUGAAGAGAAUGAGAUCAACAAUGACAACUUGUCUAAGAGCAGUGCCGAGGCCAAGCCUGAGGGGAGCCCUCCUUUGUUACAUAAGAAGGUCGUCCCAAACAGCACCAUCCCCAGCCCAGGCAACCAUGACACACCCAUCACAUUCGAUCUCCCAGCAGAAGAGUAUGCAGACUUCCUAACAGACGGCGAGCUGCUUCCUUUGCCACUGGUAGUGGAAGAGACGAACAAUGGUACCAGCGGGCCUGGUGGUCCUGUCUCCUCACCCUCUCUGGAUUUCAACGACAACGAAGACAUCCCCACUGAGCUCAGUGACUCCUCUGAAACGCACGACGAAGGUGAAGUACAGGCCUUCCAUGAAGAUCUGAAUGGCAGGCAGCACAUCAAUGAGGUCUACAAGUUCAGUGUGGACAAGCUCUACGACAUCCUCUUCACAGAGUCGCAGUUCAUGAGUGACUUCAUGGACCAAAGACGGAUCUCAGAUGUGGCGUACCAGCCGUGGAAGAAGGAGGAUGCUGGGAACCAGACCAGAGAGAUCAUGUACACCAUCUCACUGUCCAACCCCCUGGCCCCCAAAACAUCCACAGCCAGUGAGACACAGACUCUGUACAAAGCCAGUCAGGAGAGUGAGUGCUACAUCAUUGACGCCGAGGUCAUCACGCACGAUGUGCCCUACCACGAUUACUUUUACACUCUCAACCACUACAUUCUCACCAGGGUGGCCAAGAACAAGUGUCGGUUACGGGUAUCGACAGAGCUGCGCUACAGGAAACAGCCAUGGGGGCUGGUGAAAGGCUUCAUAGAGAGAAACUUCUGGAGCGGAAUAGAGGAGAACUUCCGCCAUCUAGACAUUGCGCUGUCCAAGCUGGAGGAGAUUCUAAAUGAGUCCCACCAGCUGUCUCCGAAGGCCAAGGUGGUGAAAAAUUCCACGGUGAGGCGGAAGAAGAGGCCACUCCCCCACAUGCGCAGCCAGCACCUGGACGAGGCGCUCAGCCCCGUGACCACGCCGACGGAUGAGGAAGUGAUUCAGAGGAUCAAACAAGUGGCAGGCUCCACACAGACCAGACACCAGAGUCCAGAACACCAUCACCUGCCCGGAGGCCUCGCUUUCUACAGCGUCUCCAAACUGCUGCUCAUCAUCAGCUUUGUCCUGGUCCUGCUGGUGUUCCUCAACAUGAUGCUCUUCUACAAGCUGUGGAUGCUGGAGUACUCUGCACAGUCCUUAACAACCUGGCAAGGUCUGCGGCUUCAUGAAAGUAAACUGCCUCAGACGCAGAUGGAGUGGGCCCAACUCCUGGAGGCGCAGCAGCGUUACCAUGACGCCGAGCUGCAGAAGUGGAGGGAGAUUAUCAAGUCGUCGGUAGUGCUGCUAGACCAGAUGAAAGACUCUUUAUUGAACCUCCAGCGAGGUAUUGGUUUAAGGGACUACAGCUCGGAAGCUGAAGAGAAGAGAAGUCGCUACCACUGACACACCACCACAAGGCCAUGAGGGCAUGCUGUGCAAUAUAGGACCUGUUUUGUUUGUGAACCAGUAUGCAGGCAGCAGCGAGAUGGACAGAGAGAGGACAGAGGAGGGAGGCGGGGGACCAACGAUGAGCUGGUCCAAUAGACACAAAGAGAGGAACAGUCGUGUCCAGCGCACAGAGGUUAAAACCCCCAGGAGGAGGAAAUCAUGGACAGAAUGUGCCCCUACCACACGCAGGAACUGAGGUGUACCCAACAUCACUGAGGCAUUGUGGGAGAGUGCGAGACUUGCUUCUUCUCUGCACCUGUGGGAUAACCGUUUCCUUCUACUCUCUUAUUUCCAAGUGCAUCCUACUGUAAGCCAAGUCGACCAGACAGUGGCAGAGAGAAAGAAGGAAAACUACUGCAUGCGUUUAGACAACCUAGCUCCCCUCAGUCAGUGUUAAUGUGGUCCAGUUCCAGUCUAUGUGUGUCACAAAAAGAAGAACAGAAGACGAGGAGAGAUCGAGUCAAAGAAAGGGGGGGUCCUUUCGAGUCUUAAUGGCUUUCUACACUCUCUAGACUGUUCCAAACCAAUAGUCCCCUAGAGGUCCUCGCUGCAGUGUCCCUUUGGUAAACCUCCAUGUGAUCUGAGUUAUCAUCCCACAACCAAAAAGGAAAGGAAGUGUUGUAGCUGUGGAAGCUUAGCUUCACAGAUCAGUCUCUAUUGCCUUGUUUGAACCUGGCCUGUAUGGUCUCUGGCAGGGCUGGUUCCCUGUCAGACCGUUGAAAUGUGUUGAAAUGUUUAUUAAGGGAAAUCUUUAAAAUGAUCUAAACCAGUACUUUUACACACAAUUCACAUCAUCGGUUGCCCCUGCCACAGUGUUAGCUACCUUACUUUGCAUUAUUUCUCAUCCUUCUAAUGAAGUAAGAAUGUAUUAGCCUAAACAAAAGGCCAGACUUUGAUCACAAUUUAUUAAUCUUUUUAAAAAAAAGGGGAUGCUGCAGCCAUACCAAUAGGGAGACUUGUGUUCUUACAUGUUUUAUUACUAAACUGUGACUAUAUCUCUUUAAAAAUGUUUGAAAUUAGAAAGAAUUCUAUGAAUAUAUUUGAAAUAUAUAAGAAUAUUUCAUUAUUUAAUAUAUAUAUAUUUCAAAAUAUAUAAACAUUACCUAUAUUUAUUGUUAAUUUAUGUACAUAAAGAAAUUAUCAGAGCUCUAGACCAGUUAAAGAAUUUCUAACAAAAAGUGUUUUCUUCUAAAAAUGCAUGCCAGAUAUGUCUGUGACAUGUCCAGUGUGCAAGUAUGAUUCUGCAUUCGCGCGAUUAUAUUCGUGCACGUGUGUGUGAGUGCGUGUGUGAGUGCGUGUGCGCACAAGUGUGUGUGCUGUAAAGUGUGACAUUUUUACCAUUUCACACUUGUAUGUUUCUUAUGGGUUUUUUUCUUUUCUGGCUCCUGCAGCCAGACUGCCUUUUUUUUUAUUCUAAUGCAUUUGGAUGCCGCCUUGCAUUAGCCCCACCAGGGAACAGUUUACAAUCGAAGAGUUUUGUUCCAAAAUGACAUAUCCAAAAUCUGAAAUCAAGUUACACCUACUUUAAAAACUGAUAGAUUGCUUAACUAUCGAUUGAUGUCACAGACUAAGUAGCUGAAAUCCAUGGUUGACAAAAGGAAGACGAUCAUCUAAAUAUUUAAGAUUAAAUAAUGAACUUGAUGAUUUUUUUCUCUUGUAAAUGGAUAUACAACGUUUUGGAGAUGAACCCUUCAUCUGCCCUCUGUGAGCAACUCUUUAUACUUGUCACCACAUUAGUGGCUUGACGACUCUUUGCUAAAAGGAAUUGAUUGACAUUGUGAGAAAUGCAGAUAUUCGCUUUUGGCUAAAAGUUGGAUGAGCCACCAUAAAUAAGUGUAAUUAUUUAUAAUAACAUAUAAAUAAUAAUAUACUUAAUAAGCAUAUUUCCCAAAAUGUCAAACUAUUCCUUUAAAAAAAAAAGAUAUAUUAUACUAUCCCCUCCCCCUAUUUCAAGUGACUGUCUUGGAUGCAAUGAAAGCAUGAGAAUUAACUUUACGCAACUAAAUUGAACCAAAAGAAAGAAGUAGAAAUGUACCUUCACAAAUGAUCAUGUUGUUUUAAAUGAAGUAUUUAUCAUGUAUGUCAUGUAUUAUAUAUAUACUGGAUUAGGUGCGGCAAAGAGCAUCUCUUAAGAGUUUGUCAACAGAGACCCCUGACACCUGACGGACUUAAGCAAUGAAAGCACUUCCAAAAAUAAGAAAGACGUCUUUGUGUUAAAAAAAGAGAAAGUGAAGCACUUUAAGGCCUUUUCAGGUAAAGAAUGAAAGCAAGAAAUGCCAGCAGUUUUGUUUGGAGGUGAAUGCAGGGCUGAGGAAACUGUUUCUGUGCUGUAUUUUAGUUAAUUUGACAAUCACACUGGUGAUUUACAACAUCCAAACUCAGCAGAAAUUGCUGGAUUUUUAAUCCUGCUGGUUUGUUACUGCUCAAAAAUAGUGUUAUUCUGCCCAAAUAGAAUAUCUGUGCAUUGUUCUAUUUGACAUGAUUACAUACAGAUCUCUUUCAGUGUCUCAUCCCAAAGCCCAAUGUAAGACUGACACUUUCUUGUCUAUUUCAAGGCGAGGCAAGAGUGAUUUGUAUGAGGGAAACGGUAUCUCGUCUGUGUGCCUGCAUGGCGUGUUACUGACUGACAGCAUAAAAGCUUCAGGAUUGGACCCCUGCUGUGUGUGUGCGUAUAGUACAUUUGAAGAAGGCACUGAGUAAGGAUAACACAGGGAAACCUUAAGACCUGAAUGUGAGUGGUUGGAAAUGUUUUCUGUUUUAUAGAAAUCACUUUCACAAUCCUGACGACAUGAAAGAUUAUAGUGAAGUAAUUCUUCAUGUAUAUGAUGGUACAGAAAUGUCAUAUAUAUGAAAAUGUGAUUGAAAUGCUUUAAAGUGUUUGUUUUUAAAAGUG